AGAAAAAGUUGGAAAGCUUAGAAUGUUGAAGACGAUUUUAUUAUAUUUUACCAUCUUGGUGUAUGCCGAGAAAAGCUGCAUUCUAGGCCAAGGCCAACAUCCCAAGCCGCGAAUUGUCGGCGGCUUUCCAGCCAUUGAGGGCUCCAUACCCUAUAUGGCGUCAUUGCAGCAAUAUGGCCAGCACUUCUGUGGCGGGGCUGUUGUUAACGAGCGGACGAUUGUCACGGCUGCGCAUUGCCUGGAGAAGACCACGCCCCGCAUGCUGAAAAUUAAGGUGGGCGGCACUAACCGUGCUGCAGACUAUGGCCAACUAUUCACGGUGGCCGCGUUCCAUUACAAUGAAAAGUGGACCAGACAGACAAUGGACUGGGAUAUUGGUAUUGUCAGGUUGGACUCUCCCAUGGCCUUUAGCGACAAAGUGAGAGCCAUUCCCUUGGCAGGUAGCUCUGUACCGGCCGGAACCUUUGCCACAAUUGCCGGCUGGGGCUAUACGACUAUUUUUGGACCUGGCACUGAGCUGUUGCGUUACGCCCGAGUACCGAUUGUUGAUCAGGAGCUGUGCAAUCGUCUGAUGGGCAACAUCAUAACCGAUCGAAUGGUGUGCGCGGGAUAUAUGCGCGGUAGCAUCGACGCCUGCCAAAUGGACUCUGGCGGGCCAUUGGUGGUACGGGAGGAGCUAUACGGGAUUGUUUCAUGGGGUGUAGGCUGUGCAUUGCCCAAUAAGCCCGGAGUUUAUACACGCAUCCAAAUCGUGCGGACUUGGCUCAACGAUAUCAUGUCAAGAUUCUACAAUGAAGUGCUCUAACUUAAUGCGAUGUUAUCAUUGUUAACGGCUAAAUGCAAUCCUUCAAAAAAUAUGACGCCGCUACCGGUCAUUUGUAAACGAGUAUAUGUAUGUAUGUAUGUAUGUACUUACUUUCAUCUUGCCAACAAGCCAAUUCAAUCGCACGCAAUAAACCUAAAUACAUAUUAUGCA